AUGUGUGUGAGUGUUCGUGUUUUUAACAGUGUUGGUAUUUUUUGUGUUUGCGUGUGUGGGUUAUUGUGUGGGUUAUUUGAGUUUUCUCUCUUCUGGGAGUUGUCGUUUCCUUCUUUGUUGUUUUUUGAUUGCUGGGUAGUGCUGUGUCCUGUACUUUUUUGUGGAAGGUACCAUUGGGAGCUACGGAGACCUGAAUUUUCUGUUGUUUCUUUUUCUGGGUGCGAGGGGGCGGUGGAGAUAGAUGAUAGCAUGACGCAGGGGCGGCCCGUGGUAACUGAUGGUAGUGUUGCUACGGCUGAAGGAAGUGGUAUGGCGGGAAAAGGGAAGGAUGGAGUAAGAGUGAGGGAUUGUGGAGGAAGCCGAAGAGGGUUGAUUGGAGCUGGUCAAGAACGACUGCAUGGGUGGCGGUGUCCCAUCUGUUCGCGUGACAGCGUCGAUCCCCGUCGCGUGUGUGGAUUUUGUCUUGCGGUGGAGCCGGGCGUGGUGGAAUUCAACCCGCGUCGUGGUGCUGCGGUUGUGUGCAGCCAGGCUUGCCUCGGGUUGUCGGAGGACCCAACGGUGCGUCUUCUGUCGCUUCCACAUGGUCGUUGUUAUCGCAUUGCCGCCCAGAGCACCACGGCUGCCUUGCCGACCAGACAGCACUUGAGCCUGGAGGCCAACGUAACGUUUGGCAACACACAGGCAGGGAAGGGGGAAAGGAUCACAGUGGAGAGGCAAGCAGAUGAGGUAGUUCAUGGCGGCAGUAGUCCGCAUAGAACAACGUCGUACACGCAUUUUGUAUCGCUCCCGAUUGGAAGUCUUUCUGCCGUGCGGUUGAAUGCGACGCGUCUGUUAGAGGAAAUGAAAAACCGCUGUGUCGAUCCUGCUGCGAUGGUUACAGAAGACAUCUUCACCACCGCCCCUCGCAUGCAUAUCACGUUGCUCAUGCUGUCGCUUCCAACACCAGAGGCAAUCGCGCUGGCCAAAGCAUGCAUGCGGGUACUAGAGGAGAAGAUAAAGCUGUGGCAGGAGAUACGGCACAGCAACACGGAUAACGGCGAUUGUGGCUCAUUGAAGAUUCAUCUUGGUGGUCUGCAUGUGAUGCAUGGCCGAGGACGAAACGAAAAAAAAGCAGAUGUGUUGUACAUGGGGCUCAUGGAUGCCGCAUCCUCGGCGGUGGUCACGACGCUGCAGCAGCUAGUCUAUGAAUGUUUUUCGGAGCUUACCGCGAACGACCCUCGUGGAAGAGCAACAGGCAGGCUUUUGCACAUGACGCUUUUGAACACCAGGUGGAGGGGUGAGAAGAUUCCACAGGACACUCAUGAAGAGGCGACGAGGACGUCUUCACGAGUGCCAUUUGAUGCCACACGCAUACGGCAAGAGUUUGGACAUGUGACACUUUGUGGCGGUGGUACCGACGGCGCUAUUGUUUUGGAGCGCGUGGAUUUAAAUGCCCUAAACUACGACUCGGAGUGUGAGUGUUAUAACUGUGAGUGCUCCGUUCCUCUGUAG